AUGACGAUCCCGGCCGAUAUUCUCGCUGCAAAUGCAGCGGGGAGAAUCCCCGAUGAGAUUUCCUUGUCGUAUCUCGCACAAUCGCGUGAUCAUGCUGCGAUUGUGGGCAUCAUGUUUCUGGUCUGCUUCACCGGCGUGCUUAUGCUGGUACGACUGUACGCCCGACUUUUCUUGGUAAAGAAGAUUGGUCUGGACGAUGCAUUGGCGGUUCUUACCUUGAUUAUCUAUAUCGUCUUCGUCGUCCUCUGUAUUGUCCUGAUCAACCUAGGGAGUGGCCGCCAUAUCGAAUAUAUCCAAUAUGUUCUCUCUAUGCCUACCGUCCGCCAGACCGAGGUUCUCGACUUCGUUGCCCACAUUCUCUAUACAACGGCCCUUUUCCUUUGCCGACUGUCCGGUCUUGCAUUCUACUUCCGCAUCAGCGUGCGGUCAAGCAAACUACGUCUGGGUAUCCUGAUCGUCGCUGGCAUUAUUUCCGCCGCCUACGUGCCCCAGCUCUUCCUAUUGAUCUUUCACUGCAAGCCCGUAACCGGCCUCUGGCCUUACGAGUGGCAGACUGAGCCUAUCACCUACACGUGUCUGGAUUGGGGCACGGUCUACUCCGUCAACUCGGGUGUCUCUCUCGCAUGCGACGUGAUGAUGUUUAUUAUUCCCGGCAUUCUUAUCAAAGAACUGCACGUUUCUAUGGAAAAGAAGAUUAAACUCUCGAUUAUCAUGUUUCCUGGUGUCUUGUCAGUACCUCCCAUCUGCUCACACUACCAAGCUCUUUGCUUACAAUCAACCAGUGUCAUCGUCAUCUCCGCUGUCCGCGUCUGGCUCGUAGUCAUCGGCCAAUGGGCCGCCGACGGCAGCUGGGCCUACAACCCCAUGCUCUGCGUCGAGAACGCCGAGAUCGCAAGCACACUCAUUGCCCUCUCCGUCCCCGCCCUGAAGCCCGUCUUCGGUAACCUCUUCUCCCACUGGACCGAGUACACCUCCAGCCACACGCGCUCACGGUCCACGGGGCGGCUUCGAAGCCACUCCAAGCCCGUGAGUGGUCUGGGCUCGAACAUCCGGGAUGACAAGCGGCUUCUGAAUUGGUCCAAGCGUGACCACGAUGAUUAUGAAAUGAUGCCCUCCGAGGUUUCGGUGACGCGCAAUACGCAAAGCCGUGGCUCCACAACCAAGUCGCCGGGCAUUCGAGUGACGAAUGAGGUUAAUAUUACGAGAGGGGGAGGAGAGGGCUCCUUCACAGCUCUCUGCUCGGGCUUCUCUCUCUUCGUGAGCGAUUUUAGAAUUUUGCUUACAAAAUAA